GAAUUCGUGUCUUAAUUAAAGAAUUAAAAUAUAAGUUUCAUUAGUGGUGUAAACGUUUGACUUAACAAAUCGUUGCAUUCAAUAGUUAUCACAACAAAACAAUUGAAUCUUAAUAUCUAAAGAACAAUCUCAAAGACAUCCAAUUGGAUAAUGACUUCAACUUCCGAUGAGUUUGUGAUGCGACCGAUUCCAGCCAACGACUGGCAACUAUCACUCAGCCGUCGGGUUAAAGCCUUAAAGAAGAUUCAGUUUGAAAAACUGAAAAUUGAUGGACUGGUAGCCCAAGAGAUCUUCAAUGUUGUGGCUAAACAUMAGGACGACUACAACAGUAUCUAUGAGAAGAGGAGAGCUAUKAUUAACGGUGAAAUCGAGCCGACAGACACUGAUUGCAAACUGGAUGUCGAUAUUGAAGACAAAAACGAAGAGUUGGGUCACAUACUCGUCAAUCAAAGUAAACCAACCAAUGGUUCCGUAAUUAAAGGAAUCUCUAGUUUUUGGCUCAAAGCCAUGAAAGAAGUCAAUGAUUUAAACUAUUGGAUUGAAAAGAAAGACGAACCAGUUUUGKAGUACUUAUCGAACAUUCGGAUAAAUUAUGGCCAAAAUCCCAACAAAAUUGAACUCAAGUUUUCAUUUGCGAAAAAUGAGUUYUUCAAAAACACUUCGCUCACCAAAACAUAUGAGAUUAUGUUUGGCCCAAAUCCUAACAAUCCGUGGUUUCUCAAUGAUUACUAUCCCAUCGCUUUAAAAGGCUGUGUCAUUGACUGGAAAGAGGGCAAAGAUGUCACAAAACAAAAUAACACCACCGAUGGAAAGUCUUCUGAGAAAAACAAAGACUACAAUAAGACCUCUUUCUUUGAUUUGUUCAACGAUUCACUUCUUGAGAGAAAAAAUGAUCCCAAAAGAAGUGAUAGUUAUAACAAUGAUAUCAAUGACUUUCUUUGUGAUGACUGGAGUUUAACACAACUCUUAAUCAACAAAUUGGUUCCAAAUGCUGUUCUCUACUUCACCGGUGAUAACACUGAAAAUGACAGCGAUUCAGAAGAUUCAGAAGAAUCGAAAGAUUCAGAUUCUGAAUCAGAGUCCGAAAGUGCCAGUUAUAGCCAUUAA